CCGCCCGGCGCCGAGAUCGCCGGGUCGCCGAAACCUGCAUCCCGCUGUGCCUGGCCGCCGGAGCCCGAGGAAGACAAGACGCCGCCAGGAUGAUCACCAAGGACUUCACGCUGCCCACCGAGGAGGAGCUCACGGUGCAGGAGAUCAACAUCAGCACGCCGUCCCUGCGCGCCGCCGCCUUCCACCUCGGCAAGACCUGCGAGGCACAGAACAAUGAGUACAUGCUGUGCCGCAAGGAGGAGAAUGACCCCCGCAAGUGUCUGGCGGAGGGCAAGGAGGUGACGGCGUGCUCCCUCAACUUCUUCCGCAAGCUGAAGAAGGCGUGUCUGGAGGAGUUUUCUCAGUACGCCAACUGCCUCGACAAGUCAUCUCGGGACAUGGAGUACCGACUCUGCCGCAACACUCAGGCCAUCUACGACAAGUGCGUGCUGGACAACAUUGGGGUGGAGCGGCCAGACUUUGGCUACUUCUGCGAGCCUAAGAUUGUGGACAGCAAGAGGCCCAAGCCGCCCGCACCUGACCCCAUCGAGUUCCCCGACACUCCCUUGCCCCUUCCCGACGAGCCGGUCAGGGGUGAGGCCAGGUACGGCACUCGCAGGCACUGGUUCCAAUAAGCUGCCACACCGUCAUGUCAUGGUUCCUGGGUUAGAUUUUUUUUCUUUUAAUUUUCUCUCUGUAAAUCCAGGAGAGGCGUUUUACGGGGAACUGUUGCCGCGAUACCCUGCUUCGGUUAAUAUCUGUCUCUUUAGUGCAGUAACUUCACUCCAAACUGUCAUGGGAUAGGUCAGCUAAGUAUUGCCAUCAUAAGCAGAAAUCAGGAAGAGUGUAAGGGCAGUAAUCUCAGACACUCCCAGCGCUCACAUCAACAAUUUGCCAAGUUCGAAAAGGAGAGUCAGGUUUUAAUGAGUGUUUUCCUACGUUCAUGGUACGGAAAAUAGUAAGGGUGGAAUUCAUAGAUGGUCCCAGCGCUCACAUCAACAAUUUGCCAAGUUUGAAAAGGAGAUCAAUCAGAUUCUAAUGAGCGGCUUUUCCGAUACCCUACGCCCCUGUCCACCCAGCCGUGAAUGGGUACCAGGUAUUAAUCGGGGGUUGUGUCCCGUCUCCUGGGAUCUGUUCCCUUCUAUAAUUCCUUCCCUUCCUGUCUCUCUCCGGCAUAUGACCACAGAUGUUGCACCGACUAAACUAAACUUUCCAACUUUCCUUGUUCUAAUGAGUGUUCUAGGUUCAUGGUAGAGAAAAAGGUGAGGAUGGUAUACUCAAAUGGUCCUGCCUCUCCGUGGGCUUUGGAAACACUUGAUGUGAGAGUUGGAAGCAUCUGACAGAGUGAGAUUAAAUUCUGCUGUAAGGGGAUGGAGCUGAGGGCGAGGAAGGCCUAAAACAGCACAUCCCACUUCAUAAUCCAUCCUCAAGCUUGGGUGUAAAUAAAGAGCUGCAGUGAAGUGUUGUCUGAGUAGAUAUUUAAUUGUGUACAUAGUUAUACGGAAUACCCUUUAAUAUAUCAGGUCCUUUUGACUUAAAUAAAUACGAAAUGAGG